GUUGCCAGGUAGCAGUGAAGUGACAAGCUAUUGAUAAUAUUGUGAUUUUCAGCUUCCUGGGUGAGGACAUAAGUUGCAGCACGAUGGCAAAGGAAUGUCUAGAUGACGCUUCAUUUAAUAACCUGCUUGCCAGUAUAAAUCAGGAAACAAAUGGAGCAGAAAAUAAGCUGAAGAAACUGUACAGUUCCAGAGGUUAUUUCAGCUCAGCGCAGGCAGCCAAGGUUUUGUAUGCUCUCGCCUGCCCUGCUGACAAGGUGAAGGCCAUCCAGAUCCUGGAGCCACGACUUUGUCGGAUGACCUGCAAGGAUUCCCGUGACAUCAUCGGUGCCGUUAGCGUCCACAAUGACAAACUCAUUGUACUUAACUGUGUCAAGAGGGUUUUGACAGAUUAUCAAACCAGACUUGGGGAGGAAUACAUCUUGAGUGCUUUCCCAUUUGAACACGACAAGCGGCAGGCACUGCAGAUACUUCAAACUGUGCGUUCUGAUGUAGCUGACAAGGUCCCUGCUGGAGGUCACCAAGGCUAUGCAGCUCUUGGAGGCCUGUACACCCAGUCCCGCCCCCUGGUGCCACACCUGUAUGGGGGCCUCCUGCACCAGAGUCUCAGCAUGUCUGGUCACGGCCAGAUUGAGAUUCCAGUGACAGCGAAGAUGAAUUCCACUACUUCCAUGUACACGAAUCAUCCAUCAUACAUGUACCCCAAGGACAAGAGCUAUGCGGAAACUCGGGGCUAUCCAGGACAUGUUGGAUUCCCAGCCACAAUUGACAGUGUACCAGCGUACCCAGGGGGAGCCCCGCCCCUGGGCAGACACAGUGGUGCCCCCGCCCCCACAGGCUUUCCGUCACUCGAUGAAUCAGGGUUUGCUUACUAGUAAUAAUGGAGGUAAAUACAGGCUGUGAUAUUGUACAGUUGCUUGAUUCCAGUUUGAGGGGUAGUCGAUGGUGGUGUUUGAUGAGGGGUUGGUGGACUAAUGUCUCGAAUUUUGUUGGGUAACCAUCAUGUUAGAAGAAUGUGUUUUAAAUGUCUCAGAAUUGUAUUAUACUAUUCCUGAUGUCCCAGAAUUAUUUCUAUUUUAUUGUUUUUUUAUUACACUUAACAUUGUAAAUAUUUUUUUUGAACUGUUAUCUUAUGCACUUUUACAAUUUUAUUGUUCUGAUGUCUCAUCAUUUUGAACAGUGUAUCAAUUGCAUUCUUACAAUGUCAUUGAUAGUUGUAUCCUUUGAUGUUCAAUGAUGUGAAUGCCCAGCAUCACUUUAGAUUGCAUGUAGGAAGUGCCAAAGGUCUUCAUGCAUUGAGGAGGGCAGCAAGAUUUUAAGAGAAAUUAUCAGCAUUAACAGAGACUGUGAAACUUUCAAGAUGAUAUAUCAGCAUUACCAGACAAUGCCAUGUGUGUCUUUUUGACAGGUAUGCACAAUAUGCAGUGUAACAGAAUACCUUUUUCUGUCAAAAAUAACUUUUACCAAAUGUUUGUAGUUCUGGGAGCUAUUUGAAGUAUAUAUAUAUAUAUAUUGUUCGACACCAGGUGUCACUUGAGUGGAUUUACGUUAUAUCAAUAUUGUCAAUAUAUUGACUCUAUAUGCCUUUACACAUAUUAAACAGUGGUACUUUAAGGAAGAUGGGAGGUAUCACCUUGUGAUGCUGUUUGUAUCUACAUCUUGUAUAAGUGACUGAGUUUCUACAGAUUUACAAUAUCCCAGCAUUAUCAGUGUUCCCAGUUUUUACUCACCAGUAUUACUCAUAACUUACCUAUUCAUGGCUUGUUGUAUAUGAGUUGUUUUGUAUUAUUCCCAAGGAUCAAUAAACAGUGUCUCCAACUU